AUAUCUCCACAUACAGUGUAACCAAUGGUAAAGUUCUUCUUUGUGUGUUUGUGUUCAGCGGCCAUGAUGUGGACGGUGGGGAUGGCGAGCCCGGCGGACGCUCAGCGCUCCGGACACGAAACAGACGAGGAGGCGGGGCAGAGCGGCAGGGGGGCGGAGCCUGAGAGACGUCCGCCCCGAACGCUGGAAGACAGCGAGCUGGAGGAAGACCGAGGAGUGAAGCUCGGCCUCGGGGAUUUCAUCUUCUACAGCGUUCUGGUUGGAAAGGCUGCAGCGACCGGCGGAGACUGGAACACGACGCUCGCCUGCUUCGUCGCCAUUCUUAUCGGUCUGUGCCUGACGCUGCUGCUGCUCGCCAUCUUUAAGAAGGCUCUGCCGGCGUUGCCCAUCUCCAUCACCUUUGGCCUGGUCUUCUACUUCUCCACGGACUUCCUGGUUCAGCCCUUCAUGGACAGCCUGGCUGCCAACCAGUUCUACAUCUGAGAGCAAGACCCAACCCCUCUCAUCUGAGAGCCAGACCCAACCCCUCUCAUCUGAGAGCAAGACCCCUCCUCGCCAUCCAA